UAUUGCAUCAGCAGUCCAGCACGCAGCGAGCACACUUUCCCCAUGCGAUUGUCGUUCUAAGGCAACACUAACAUUGGCUCAUUUAAUUUUUCCCCACGGUAUCCUAAAGCCUUUAUCAUUAACUUUGAAAUCUUGUGCUGAUACUGCUGAUAUCUUAACAGAAAAUGCCUAAAGGAUUUCAUCGUGGAAAGAAUACCAGCACUAGGAGAACAGAUAGAUUUAUAGAAGAUAAUAUUGUCCAAAAUGAAAGGGUCUACUAUAAUCAUGAUACCCGUGAGACUUCAGACAAACAAAAAUUCAGACCAAGUUUCAAGAGUGGAAGAAUUGAUCGCAAUCGUUCCAGACCAGUGGAUAGCUCCAAAUUACAAAGAAUUAUUGAACAAGAUGUAGACAUGGCAGGAAGUUCGUCACAUGGAGACUCUCAUCCCAGACAUGUUCCAUAUUCCAGACCUGGAGGAAGAAAAAGUAAUCAUGCACGGCCUCAGCAGAAUUCUAGAGGGGGCUCUUCUUGGAGUAGAGUUACGAUUCCUCAUGGAAAGAAAUUUGAAAAAGAUUUCAUUCUGAAAACAUUACUGAAUGCUUCUAAAGUAUCUUUCAUUCCAAUUUAUUACCAUAUUGAAGGCAACAAUGCAGUCUUUUUCAUUGAAGACUCAACUGCAGCUGAAGCAUUAUCCACACUAAAUAAGCAAAUCACAUUGCAUGAUGGUUUCAAGUUGAUUAUAUUGGUUAAAUGGAGCCCAGCACCUAACCUACCAAUAAAUGAAGAGUUAAAGGGAAAAAUCAAGCAAGUAAUGAGCCGCCGUUAUGAUCCGCAGAUGAAGAUGCUUAAUCUUUCUCAGUUUCACUUGGAUGAAGAAUUAUGCACAGAUUUUUACACACCUCUUAGUCGAGAAAAUGUCAUGCAGACAGUGGUGCAAAUAAUUGGGGAUCAUAUACCAGAUGUCCAAGUUAUAGAUUUAUCCAACAACAAAAUUUACAGUGUGGAUCAAAUGAAGCCUUUAGUUACAAAAGCAGUCUUCCUUAAGUCCUUGAAUUUGGGCAACAACAAGCUUGGCCAAAUUACUUCGCUGGAUCGUUUACAGGGAUUGAAGUUGGAAGAACUAGUUCUCAAUCGGAACCCUCUUUGUGAUCGCUUCAAUGAACAGAGCACCUAUAUAAGCGCCGUAAGGAAACGUUUUCCCAAGUUGGUCAAAUUGGAUGGCGUGGAGUUACCGCCAGUAAUCUCCUUCGACAUUGGAGCAGAGGACGUUGCUUUACCACCAUCUAGUGGCAGCUGGUUUGUUUCCGACGAAGCACGCCAGAUAGUCCUUGUUUUCUUGGAACAGUACCUAUCGGUGUAUGAUUCAGAUGAUCGCCAACCACUUUUAAAUGCAUACCAUGACUCGGCUAUUAUGUCAUUGACAUGUUCUUAUCCUCCGGGACAGACAGCGAAUGCACCCUCAAGGUUGGACUCUUACAUGAAAGACAGUCGCAAUCUGAAACGAAUAGAUGAUCCGCAACGUCGUUUUCGAUUACUUCAACAAGGCAAAGUCGAUAUAGUUUCGUUUUUAUCAAAAUUACCAAAGACUUUGCAUGAUCCAAGCAGUCUUGUAGUGGACGUUCCUGUUACAUCGAGUCACCUGAUUGUCAUGUCUGUGACGGGUGUUUUUCGGGAACGAGCGGAAAGGCAUUCUCUGAUACGUUGGUUUCAACGGAUAUUCAUCAUCAUUCCGAGCACUGGAGGGGGUUUUUGCAUCGUUAAUGAGCAAAUUCAUAUUUCGUGUGCUACUCCCGAGCAAAUUAAAGCGGCUUUCAAAGAACCAGUCGCUGUUCCUGCAGGACUUUCCACUCAAGCGUCAUCUGUUUCCGUUGGUGAAACUACAGCAAGUUCUACUCUUGUUGAUCCAGUCGUUCAGCAGCAAAUGGUGGCAUCAUUUUCCGAACAAUCGGGAAUGAAUACGACUUGGUCAUUAAAGUGUUUAGAAGAAAAUGGUUGGGUUUUCGAUCGUGCUGCCUUUGUUUUCACCGAGCUCAAAGCCGCCAACCAGAUCCCGCCAGAAGCGUUCAUCAAAUAGUACGGGGAUUGGGAUGUCGGUGAUAUUGUCUUGGAUAUUCUUACGAAUUGUUGGCAUUCAAUAAAAAAAUGUUUGCAGUUCAA